AGAAUUGAACUGCGCACCCACUCCCCUUGCUUUUAAAUAUAUAACUUCCUUUUUCUUCUUCUAUCGAUACACCGCAGCGCACCUUCUCCGCAUCGCUCUUCUCUGUGAACCCGAUUCUCAUCGGAAACCCAAUCCUAGCUUUUCAUCUCUUUUCACUCAUACGCCGUCUCUUCUCUCCCUCCCCCCCUUCCUCUCUCCGCCUCUGUGCGCCGCAUGUCCGCCACGGACUACGACGUGAUUGUGGUGGGCGCCGGGAUGUUCGGCAGCUCCGCGGCGAAGCACCUCCGGCGGCUGCAGCCAUCGCUGCGCCUGGCGGUGAUCGGGCCGUCGGACAACGGCGGUCCGCUUGCGCGCGGGCAGCACUUCGACGAGGCCCGCAUCUGCCGGCGUGUGGAGACGCUGGUGCCGUGGGCCCACCUCAACGACCUCGGCGCGCUGUCGUACCGCGAGACGGAGGCGACGUCUGGGAUCGCCUUCUACACGCCGUGCGGGUGCGUGUGGGUGGGGACGGCGCACGACCGCGACGCGAGCAUGGCGUGCGUGGAGGCGGUGCAGCACGCGAGCGGCGGGGCGUCGGCGGUGACCUACGCGGUGGUGCACGCGGACGGCGCGGCGGGCGACGCUGCUGCGGCUGCUGCGGUGCGUGCGGGGAAGACGAGCGUGCUGCGCGUGACGGCGUCGAGCGACGUGGCGGAGGGCGUGUUUGGCGGGUCGAUCCGCGUUGGUCAGCUGGCGGGGCCUGCGGAGGCUGCGACGUUCUACGUUGUGGAGAGCGGCCCUGCCGGCGGUGGGACGGUGCACCCGACGCGGUACGUGGAGGCGCAGCUGGCGUGUGCGGCUGCGGUGUCGCCCGCCGACCACUACCGCCACGUGCGGGAGGUGGUGCUGCAGAUUGCGUGCGUGGAGGGGAGCGGCGGCGGCGACGACGUGUACGAGGUGAAGACGGACGCGGCGCGCACGUACCGCGCUGGUCGAGUGCUGGUGGCCACGGCGUCGUUUACCAAGUAUCACCAGCUGCUGCCCCCGCGCGUGACGGACCGGCUGCAGCCGAAGCCGGCAGACGUCGUGCUGCUGCGACUGGUGCCGCCACACGGCGAUGACGGCGACCACGCCGCCAAUGUGCGUGCGAGCGAGUUGUGCCCAAGCAUUAUCCGCACCACCGGCCCGCGCGAGGACCAGUUCUACUGCCUGCCGCCGCGGUACUACGCGUGCUACCGCGGGUGGUACUCGAAGAUGGGCCGGGUGAACGGCCCUCCGCCGCCGGUGCUGGCGCAUCCAGACAUCGUCUCGACGCUGGAGGCGGCGGUGGCGUGGUACGAGACGGGGAAGGAGCUGCCCAAGACGGACCCGAGCGUGACGCACCUGGCGGACAUGCUUCAGGGCCUCUUCCCGCAGUGGCGCAUCGCUGCCGACACGCCGGCGCAGUCAAACCGCGAGGCGGUGCGCUGCAUCGUGGACGAGACGAAGGAGGAGGUGCCGAUGGUGGAUUGUGUAGACGGCAAAGGACUCUUCUGCGCCAUCGCGGGGAAUGGGCGCGGCGCGAAGGCGUGCGACCCGAUCGGGUGCAUUGCGGCGCACCGCCUGCUGGGCAAGGAGCUGCCGCCGGCGUACGCUGCCGUGAAGGACUUGUUUCGGCUGGAUACGUGA